AUGAGCUCUGUUUCCGGCUAUGACAGCGCCAAAGGCCCGCAAGAGGAGUUGAACGACUUCUGGGAGAAUCUCAUCACCAAAAAGCCGUCCAAAAUCACCAAUAUCUUCCCGCCAAGCCUAUACGCAGAUCUUCUGCCACCGCCAAACAUGCCUGGUCCGGCAAGAGGGAAAAACGCUGCUGAAUCCUACGAGACAGCUGCGAGAGAUUGCUGUGCUCGUGUCCGACAGAUCAUUCGUGAAUGCCAUCGCACCAACGAGAAGUUUACCGAUCCAGAAUUUGAUAUCGAAUCUGAUAUGCGAGUGAGGAACUGCCUCGAGGGUCUGAUUUCAUGGUAUAAUGACCCAUUACCCCCAAAGUCGCGCGUAAGCCCUCGCCGCUUGUGCGAGGCUCUGGAUACCUUGGCCGAGAGCAACCUCCUGGCUUCGCAAACUAUUCUGGCCAACCUUUCCACGGCUGCAAAUAUACUGGAUGACGACGAUUCGUCUGACCGCGGUGGGCCUGGGUCGGUCCAUCGAAUCGACUGGAUUUUCGAUAAGCCUUCGUUCACGGUCGACAGCUACUCGAGUUCUGACGUGAAACAAGGCGCCAAUGGCGACUGCUGGUUCUUGUCUGCGGUUGCCACCAUCUGUAGCAACCCCAAUCUCAUGGACAAGAUCUGUGUCGCGAGGGAUGAUGAUUGUCAGGAAUGCGGCGUGUACGGCUUUGUAUUUUACCGUGACGGAGAAUGGAUUUGGACGGUUGUUGAUGAUAAUCUGUACGUCCGGGACCAGGACUUCGACGCUUACGGCGAUAAUUAUGAUCCAACAGGUGUGAAAGAGAGGAAGUACAAGAAGAACAACCAGACUGGUUCCGAUGCCCUGUAUUUUGCGUCUUGCGCGGACCAGAACGAAACAUGGCUUCCCUUGCUGGAGAAGGCGUACGCCAAAGCACACGGGGACUACAACGCGAUCAGUGGAGGCCACAGCGGUGAAGCGGUAGAGGACCUUACCGGAGGUGUAACCACAAAGAUCAAAACCAACCGAAUAUUGAGUAAAGAGCGGUUAUGGAAUGAGCUCAAGCAGGUCAACAAAGAAUUCUUGUUUUCCGCAUCCUCGCCAGGUUCAUACGGAGACGACUCGGAUGCAAGGCGAGGCCUCGCUUUGAGUCAUGCAUAUUCGAUCAUCAAAGCUGUCGACCCGAAAGACGAGCAAGGGAAUGAACACAGACUCGUUCUUAUCAGAAACCCAUGGGGUGAACGGGAGAACGCAGGCAUGGGAGAGUGGAACGGUGCAUGGUCCGACGGGUCGAAAGAAUGGACCCCUUACUGGUUAAAAGAGCUCGAUCACCGCUUCGGCAACGAUGGCCUCUUCUGGAUGUCAUAUGACGACCUCUGCGAGCGCUUCCACCUCAUCGACCGUACACGUCUCUUCGAUAACGAGUGGACCGUCGUGCAGAGCUGGUCCAGCGUAAGCGUCGCCUGGGUAACAGGCUACCUCAACACCAAAUUCGUCGUCGAGAUCAAAAAGGCCGGGCCUACGGUCUUCGUCCUCUGCCAGCUUGAUGAUCGGUACUUUCGUGGUCUCGAGGGCAAAUACAGCUUUGAUCUGCACUUUGUGCUGCAGGAGGAGAAUGCGCCGUCUGGCGACCACAUUGUCCGCGCGAGAGGGGCGUGGUUCGGGAACCGGAGUGUCUCGGCGGAAGUCACGCUGCAGCCUGGGAGAUACGAAGUCGUUCCGAAGAUUGUGGCCGAUCGCAAUUCCGAUGCGCUGGAUGUGUUCGAGGUCGUGACUAAGGUGGCCGAUCGCAACCCCCAAAAACUCCGGCAGAUUGGAAUGAACUAUGACAUCGCGAAUGCGAAGGGCAUUGUGCAGCUUUCGGCUGAAGAAAAGAAGAAAAAAGAAGACGAGAAGAAUGCGGCUGUGGAGAAGAAAAGGAAGGAUAAAGAGGAAACGGACAAGGAAAAGGCUGAAUUCGAAACAUGGAAGAAAGAGAAAAGGGAGCGGGAAGAGAAAGAAGAAGCGGAGAGGGAGAAGGCUGGCUCUGCAGAUACAACCUUCAACACCCAGGCGGAUGAGUCGAAGCCUUCCUCGACCAUUGUAGACAGCGAUCCAAAGCCUUCUCCCAAACAGCUAAAGAACUACGUUGUCAAGGACAUAACCACGCCAGCCACACAGCAGUCUUUCAAAGAUGACGAUGCCGUCAAAGUCGAGCAACCUGCUAGCGGUGACCUUCCUUUACGACCCAAAGACGACCCUUCCACAUACCCCGCCCCCUCUCCAAUAUCCCACCGCCAACCCCCGUCCCAUCUCUCUCGUCCACCUCCUUCGGCCUACGGCGGUAGCAUCUUCUCCGGCCCACCCUCUCCCACAAUGGGUCCCCCACCACCCAUCUACUACGCCGCCAGCGACGCUGGGCCCGUUGCGCCCCCGGCCGCGCCGCCCGCAAAAGAGGGCGAGAAGAAAUGGAAUGCGAUUUGCGUUCUGGGACUGCGGGUGUACAGUCUGGAUCGCGAAGUUAGUAUUAAGCUUGUGGAGCCAAAGGAUGCGGAAGAAGGGGCGCUGUUGGAUGUUGAUGGGGUGGGGGCCGGGGCGACGAUAGCGUAG